AUGUCCACCAGACCAAACCACUCAUCUCCUGCAGCAGCAGCAGCAUUGGCAGCUUCAAAUAAUAUGACCAACGCAAACGGAUAUCAGCAAAAUCCGUCAACAACCGCACAAUACUCUUCCGCCAGCGCUCCUCCUCCUAUGCAGGCACAGGCUCCCGCAAUGGCACAGCAACAACAGAUGCAACAGAACUCCUCAAACUCGAGCUCCCAAGUGGUGGGCCUCCACUAUAAAAUUGGUAAGAAGAUUGGUGAGGGAUCUUUUGGUGUUAUAUUUGAGGGAACGAAUCUAAUCAACGGCAUCCCAGUUGCGAUCAAAUUUGAGCCUAGAAAAACGGAAGCUCCUCAGCUUAGAGAUGAGUACAGAACUUAUAAGCAUUUGAACGGAGUAAAGGGUAUUCCUAGUGCAUACUACUUCGGUCAAGAGGGUCUCCACAACAUUCUGGUCAUUGAUCUUCUGGGCCCAUCUUUGGAGGACCUUUUUGAUUGGUGUGGCCGCAAGUUUUCUGUGAAAACUGUUGUUCAGGUGGCUGUCCAGAUGAUAACUUUAAUUCAAAGCGUCCAUGAGCGAGAUCUUAUCUACAGAGAUAUCAAACCUGACAACUUUUUAAUUGGGAGACAUGGUCUUCCUGACGAAAACUCUGUUCACUUGGUGGAUUUUGGCAUGGCCAAGCAAUACAGAGACCCAAGAACCAAGCAGCAUAUACCUUACAGAGAGAAAAAAUCGCUGAGCGGAACAGCUAGAUAUAUGUCUGUUAACACACAUUUGGGAAGAGAGCAAUCCAGAAGAGACGACUUGGAGGCACUCGGGCAUGUGUUUUUCUACUUUCUCAGAGGGCAGCUACCAUGGCAGGGACUCAAGGCACCUACCAAUAAACAGAAGUACGAGAAAAUUGGUGAGAAGAAAAGAACAACACCAGUUUUGGAUCUGUGCCAUGGAUUCCCACGCCAAUUUGCUCAGUAUUUGGAUUAUGUUAGAAACUUGCAAUUUGAUGCGGAACCCGAUUACGAGGGAUACAGAAGGCUCCUUUUGUCUGUUUUAGACGAUAUCGGUGAUGUUGCUGAUGGUCACUACGAUUGGAUGGACUUGAACGGCGGUCGUGGGUGGGAUGCCACGAUUAACAAAAAGCCAAAUCUCCAUGGUUAUGGCCAUCCUAACCCUCCAGGGGACAGACACCGCCACAGCCAACAAAGGAGACCUAGAAACACGCAGCAGCCGACCGGCUCUGGUGCAGCUGGUACACAGGCUUUACCCUCUUCAGCACUUCCUGGCCAAGUUUACAGAACGCAGGAUACACACUCUGGCGAUAGACCUCUGCCAAACUUGCCAGAUAAAAGUGGCAGGUUCUCGCCGGCUAAUCAAGGCUCGCCUCUUGUCCAACAACAAGGACAACAGUAUCAGUAUCAAAACAUACAACAACAGCCUCAGGCAAUCAGUGAGCCAGUCAAGAUUCAGCCCGGAGCAGGAAAACAGGAAACGGCAUCAAAAAAAAGCAGCAAGGGAUUUUUUGCCAAGUUGUUUGGGUGUUGUUUGUAG